AUGGCGUCAUUCGAGCUGGAGAACGAUUCUUUCUACAUUUGCACCGAGUUAGCGCCAAGAUGCUAUAUUGUGCAAAAGGCAAUUCAAAUCGAUCGCGGACAAUUGGAGCGUAUGAUGGGCGAAAAGGAGACGAAAAGGGAUCGCGAAAGGCAGCACAUGAUGAGUGAAACGAACGAGCAUCACACUCACGCACCACCGCCACCAAUUUUACCCUAUUGGUUUACCCAAGAUUGUCGUCGCGAUCUUCUCCUCUAUUCACCGCCAAAUUCGUAUACGCCGAGCCCAUCGCCGAUUCCACAAGCGCCCGAUCUCAAGACACAGCUCCGAUUACAGCUAGAGUACUAUUUCUCGAGAGAAAACCUGAUUCAAGAUCGUUAUCUUCGUUGCCAAAUGGACACCGAUCAAUGGGUUUCCAUUGCGAUCAUUGCCGGUUUUCGGAAAAUCGUUCAACUAACUACUGAUUACUCGCUGAUCUUGCAAGUGUUAAGGGAAUCUUCAAUGGUUGAAGUGGAUGAGAAAGGAGAAAAAGUACGGCCAGUAAGCCGGCGAUGCACGAUUAUUUUACGUGAAGUGGCUGAGGAUCAAGCUUUCGCUGUCGAAGAGAUGCUUGGCGGCGGUCCAUCGUAUGUUUCGCUUCGCUACGGUCUCAACAAUAGUUGGUAUGUCACCUACAACACCGAGGAGGAAACUCAAGAAGCCUAUUUACACUUGCAAAAUAGUGGCGCGUCGAUCAAUGGGAAACCUGUUUGUGCUCGGAUCAAGACCGGUGGCCCUCCAUCUUCCGAGCUCUACCCGGAGCGAUCCACCUCUUCCGUUCCCCCAAUGGCUCCAUCGCCGACAAAUGAUCUACCGGUGACGACGGCACAAACCCCGUCAACAUGCUCGUCAAACCCUGCACCUCCACCAGCUCAAUACACUCAUUUAUACGAUUUGGGGAGUGUUCUAGCGGCACACGGCUUUGUGCCAAGAGCCACUUACAGACCCGGUCAAACGGUUGUGCACGUCACGUCGGAUUCUGGUGUUUCGAGUGGAUUGGGUGGCGGAAAUGGACUAAUGGGGGCACAACCGAUCACAUCUACAUUGACCACUCCAUACAUGACACAGCCAGCUCUCUCAACAACACCUCCGCUAUUUAGAGAGUUCAUCCCCAAUUCGUCAAGUCCGACUCUUCGCGGUGCUUCAAGAAUGACAAGCGGAACAGGGAAACAUCGAGGAAACUCAUCACCGAGAGAUCAACGAUUUUCACACACAAAUCAGCCAUCCACUUACACGCCGACGAAUUCUUUUUACUCGAAUGGCCUUUAUCCGAAUGGUGAACCGAAACGAGGUCGUGGUGGAGCGCGUGGAAAUGGAGCCACAAGGGGCACAAGAGCCACGUUUGUUUCAAGUGAGAAACGCCGUGGCGAUCGCUCCGAUCAGCGGUACUUUGAGGGAACGCCGAAAAUGACGAGACGGUUGAAUGAGGGGUUUUUGCAGAAACAAGAAUAUGGAAUGAGCACACAAUAUGAUGGAAGAAAGACACCGGGAGGACAAGAUAGAAAUGAUGGGAUGAUGUCGAGUGGACUGAAUGGCUAUCCCCAUUCGUCGAAACAUUUAAAAGAGAAUGGCCAUCAACCACAGACAAUUCCAUCGAUUCUCCCGCCACGUGUCACCAUUGGAGGAGUGAUUCCCCCAACGCCAACCACUCUAAUCCCAUCGCCAUUCAAAAGAAACCCAACGAUCAACAACAACAACGCUGAGAAUGAAGCAAGGGUUUUGCAAUUGCAAAACUCAUCAAAUGCAACAGAUGAUGAUGGUGGAUGGAAUGCAGGAACAAGAACAAGAAUCGACAAAAAUGAGGAAAGGAAUGAACAACAACGGAGCACAAGAGACAACAAUAAUGCACAUUCCUAUUUCUCGGAACGACAAUUUCCGAGUGUCUCCACCAGCAUCGCCACUCCAACGAGUGGCUCGACGACCGCGGGGAGUUUGGGUACCCGUAGGGAAAGGAGCCAAAUGAGCCAAGCCAAGCCAGCCACAAAGCCAACCACAAAGUCAACCACAAAUCCAACCACAAGACAAGCAUCCGAGAGUGAGAAAUCGAGAACGAUUAGUUUCAUCGCCUCCGGUCGUCGAAAGGAGCGUCCACCCGAGAAAAAAAGCUACGCGGCGAUGCUGAAAGUGGCUUCGAUUCCACCGAACAAAUCA